AUGGAACAUUCUUUAUCUCAGCACGCUCCUCUGCAGUGGGGUUACUCGGGCAAUAACAGUGCUUCUUCGUCUUGGCAACCUGUCUCGAGAGGUUCCAAAAGAGAGUUGUCUGAAAGUGACUGUGAUGACGUUUAUUCCGAGGAGUCCUCCAAGGAACAGUGCACGAGUCCAGGAGAUCCUGACAGUUGUCAAAUGUUGUCCAGGAAAAAGAGACGUGGUGUUAUAGAAAAGAAAAGGAGAGACCGAAUCAACAUGUCGCUUAGCGAAUUGAAGCGUUUGGUGCCGAGCGCAUUCGAAAAGCAGGGAUCGGCAAAGCUCGAAAAAGCAGAAAUUUUGCAAAUGACCGUCGACCAUCUCAAAAUGUUACACGCCAAAGGUUUGGAUUCCUUCGCCUACGAUCCACACAAAUACGCCAUGGACUAUCACGGUAUGGGCUUCAGAGAAUGCGUAGCAGAAGUUGCUCGUUAUCUAGAACGGAUCGAAGGACUAGACGUACAAAAUCCUUUGAGAUUGAGACUCACAUCACACCUACAGUGCUGCGCAGCUCAAAGAGAGCUAGCCACAAAGCAAGCCUCAGCAGCACCUUGGGGUUAUUCCAGUUCCCAACCACCUUAUCCCCCGAUAAACGCCUUGCCCCCCUCACCCGCUUCCAAUCACGGACCACUUUCCAAUUUGAAUCAUCAUCAAGCCCCUGUUCCCCCGCAGAAUCUGCAUCAUGAUUUGAGUCAUUUCGAUGUGUCGACUUCUUGUGCUCAAACUACAGUGCCUGUUGUUACUUCUGAUACUAACAGAUUACCUCCCUCUACCUCCAUUUUAACACCUUUAACUACAACGACUCCUUCUGCGUUGGCGUACAGCUCCCACCAGUAUCCUGGGAACGCUUUUAGUAUUCCUACUACCAGUCAUCAUCAGAAUUAUAGUCAAAGCAUUCCUACGUCGCAAGGGAUGAAACCUUAUAGGCCAUGGGGAGCUGAAGUGGCCUACUGA